UCAGUGAGUUCCUCCUUUGUAAAAUGGCGCCGGCUGCAAACAUUGCUUUACCAGCCCCCACCUCCGUCCUCUUCCCUAGAGAAGCUAUAAAUCUGUUGUUGUUUAUGAAAAUUUACUACUUUGCUGUACAACUUUAUGAGCUGCUGCUAGCUCCCAUUGGCUACCAGUUGGUCACGUGUUUUAAGGCCACAUGAACGUUAACUUUUUAUGUGUAGGCUAUGCAUCCCUACCCAAAAUAGAGCUGCAUUCUUCUCCUGACCUUGCUUUGUCUAGCCUUCUUUUACCUCCGCCUUUCCAAAAUUUCGUCGGUUGUUAAUUUAUUGUCUUUGAAUUUUAGGUAAUAUUCUACAUUCGCUACCAUCGAAUUUGGCAUUGCAUUGGCUGACGGUAAAGAGAGAACUGCUCAUCCUGUUUGGCACACUAUAAGAUGAUGAUAAAGAAGCAUUCCGAAGAGCUGUGAAGUAUUUUUCGUCACCGACCUCUGUUUCUUGCUUUCGUCGAGCAACAGACACACUGAAUGUCGCUAUCCAAAUGGCGCGGACUAUCCCUUACAUAACUAUGGAGAUCACAGCUCUAGUGGCCAAUGCAGAGAUUCUACGGGCAUGCAUUCGGGCAGGUAUGCUUUUGGCUACAAUGGAAUGGAUCUCAGCACCGGACGCUCUACCACCGGACACUUUCUCUCAUCUGGUGAGCGAACUCAAAGCUACACAGACAGUCCAACUGCGACGCCUGUCCGGUACAAUCAACCGGUUACCACGACCAGCGCUGAGCCUUCCUCUGACCCUCUCCCGUGCUCAUCCUUAGCCAACUCUCCUGUCAGCGAGCAGUCACACCGCGCUCUGAAAACCUCACUACCGAGCACCGCUGGCUCUACGACCAACAGCGUCGGGACGGUUCUCAGUCGGGAGGACGUCUCUAACGCGUCCAGCAUUAUGGAGGAAGAAAAGCCACCGGGAAGUGCGCAGGCAGCUGCACAGAAUGCAUCCGAGUCACCGCAGAUUUAUCCAUGGAUGCGAAAACUUCAUAUAAGUCAUGACAGUUUGGCCGGACCGGAGGGGAAAAGGCCCAGGACAGCCUACACACGCUACCAGACACUUGAGCUUGAGAAGGAGUUCCACUUCAACCGGUACCUGACACGUCGCCGACGAAUUGAGAUUGCACACACGCUCUGUCUCUCAGAGAGACAAAUCAAAAUAUGGUUUCAAAACCGGAGAAUGAAAUGGAAAAAGGACAACAAGUUGAAGAGUAUGAAUAUGGCGGCUGCAGGAAGCGGAUACCGGCCGUGAAAAUGUGUAUAUAUUGUAUACGUGCAUAUAUAAAUUAAAUCUGUAAGUGUUUGAAUAGGUGUGGGUGCGCGUCUGAUUCCUUAUUCUAAAUGUGUGUUCGACAAGGGGAUGAAGACUUUGCCCAUUUUACAAAAGAACUUUCCACUGGUCUUGAGAGAGUGAACGCCCUACGUUGCGUCCUUGGUCAGAAAAAAAUGAAACAAACACUUCCUCUCUGUGUUUUCAUGUAAUGUUGCGUAUGUGGAAAGAUCUAUGCAUUGUCUUAGAAAAGCCACAUGAAGGUGUAAAUUAAUAUAACACGUAUUGACGAAAAUGCUUCUAAAAAAGUUUCUGGAAGGUGCAUUAGGUAAGCCAACCUGUAAAAGUAUUU